CACUUUAAUCAGAUCGCUGGUCCGGAAUAGACAUUGUCGACUGACUUUCCUAUUUUUUAUUGUAUCAGUUAAAAUUCUCAAUGUGUCACUAAAAAUAAACGGCCAGAUCGCUGAACGGAAAAACAAGAAAAUUCGAAGUGUUAUUCAUUUGUUCGCCCAAGCACAGAAUAAAGUGUAGUUUUUACAAUGGCCAAGGAUCAAGAGGGAAACACAUAUCACCCAUCCGCCCCGGACUCCACGGAGGACCAGAAACGGGAGCAGCGUGCCCGCCUUAUCAAGGCAUUGAGCCGCUUCAAGCCCCGCGAUGCCAGUCCGCUUCAGUUCUACAACUGCGUCCGCGAACUGUGCAUCAUGCACAAUUGCAGCAUCGACGAGGGUCUGGAACGAGCGGCGUUAACUUGGCCAGGACUUAGCAUGCGCCAGAGAGAGCUGUACGAUUCGCAACGCCACGCAGAACUGCCGAUCCCUGUCCCACGUCACCUAAUCUACCGAGCAUUCCAGAAGGAGAGCAAGGGUCUCUGGUCCUUGGGCCGCUCCUCGGCGGGUGGCAACAAGCAGAGCACCCGCUACACCCUGGAGUCCUAUAAGCCGCCGCCCAAGCUGUCCCGCCUGAAGACGCAGCUGAAUGAGCGGCGUCCCAAGUACGACAAUCUAUUGGAUCUGCCGCCCAAGGAGGCAGCUAUGCGCGUGCCGCCGGAGCCGAAUCGGAAAUUUUCCAGGGUAUCACCAGCAUCCGGUCGCCGGAUACGGAGUUUUACGCCUCCGGCCGUUACGCGUGUUCAAUCGAUCCGGCAGAUUCUGUCGAUGGCCAGUGUGGACAUGAAGAAGAGCACCCGGGUGCGGAAUUCGGGAAAAAGCAAUCGAACCAAGAAACCCGAAGCGGCAGAAGCCGGCAAAUCACAGCCGGAUAAACUGGCAACCGGAGUUCCCAAGCUGACGAAGAAGAAGACGAUCAAACGCAAGGUCAUCGCCUCCAAGGCAAAGCGAUUGGCCAAGGAGGAGGAUCUGCUGUCCUCGAAUAGCUGGGAAGAGGCCAUCGGAUGUGUUCGCCGGCGUCUCAUGAUGCACAAGCCCCUAAAGUCCAAAUCCUAACUAUAUACAAUAUAUAUAUAUACCCCACAAAAUGGUGUCAGUAAGUGUAGUUUUUACUUGUUAAAGAAUUACAUCAUUGUCCUCAAUUGAAAGGCUGAUUGUUAGUCGUGCUCUCCUUUAAGACAACACAAGCCCCUUAAGAACACAAGAUGUUAAAUUAAAAGUAUGU